GCUGUAGUGGGGGGGAGGUGACAGAGAGCGAAGCCACGCCCCCCCCCACCACCGCUGCUCGCGCCAGGCCGCGCAUGGGUCUCGCGCGCGCCUCCCAUUGGCGGAGGCUGCUCGAGCGGUUCCGUGGCGCGAGCGCCUCGUCCAAUGGGGAGCUGGCGAGGCCAGGCCCCCGCGUGACGUCACUCGCACGCCGCACGUGUCACGAUCAGCUGCUGCUGCGACUGCUGCCACUGCCGCGGCUGCUCAAAGCGGAGUCGCGACCGGCCAGUUUCAGAUUUUGGAGCAGCAUUUGCGACCCAUACCCAGCAACCAUGAGCAAUGACAAGAAGCAACAGGCCAAGGCGGACACCCAGGCAUUUGACCAGCUCUUUGGGCAGCUUGCAGCUGAUCUCACCCAGGCUGACCUCGAUCACCCUGAGAUUGGUGACGCCAUCAAGAGGCUCAAGGAGGUUCUGGAGUACAACGUGCCGGGAGGGAAACGUAACCGCGGACUCUCUGUGAUCGCCUCAUUCCGUGAGCUGGCCAGUACGUCACAGCACACGGAGGAGAAUGUCACGCGAGCACUGGUCGUGGGCUGGUGCGUCGAGCUGCUCCAGGCAUUUUUCUUGGUAGCCGAUGACUUGAUGGAUCAGUCGACGACAAGAAGAGGACAGCUGUGCUGGUACAAGAAGGAGAACGUAGGCAAUGAUGCCGUCAACGAUUCCUUUCUUCUGGAGGCCACCAUUUACAGGUUGCUGAAAAAAUAUUGUCGAGAGCAGCCCUACUACCUCCACCUUUUGGAGCUCUUUCUGCAGACAACUUACCAGACUGAGCUGGGGCAAGCGCUGGAUCUCAUGUCGGCACAGCCAAACAAAAUUGACCUGAGCAUAUUCACAGAACAGCGAUACAAAGCCAUCGUGAAAUAUAAGACGGCAUUUUAUUCAUUCUAUUUGCCUGUGGCUGCUGCCAUGUACAUUGCUGGCAUUGAGAGUGAAGAGGCCCAUGAAAAUGCUAAAGCGAUUCUGCUGGAGAUGGGGGAGUUCUUUCAAAUCCAGGACGAUUAUCUGGAUUGCUUUGGAGAUCCAGAGGUGACCGGAAAGAUUGGUACCGAUAUCGAAGAUAAUAAGUGUGGCUGGCUGGUGGUGCAAGCUCUUAAGAAGGCCAGCCCGGAGCAGAGAAUUAUCUUGGAGGAGAACUACGGGCGUCACGACGUGGAAAAGAUUGCGCGCGUCAAGGACGUGUACACGGCGCUGGAGCUAGAGCGAGUUUACCACGAGUACGAGGACUGCAGCUACCGCACGCUCACGGCGCUCAUCAAGCAGCACGCCGGCAGCCUGCCCGAAGAAGUCUUUUUGGCCUUCGCUCGCAAAAUCUACAAGCGCCAAAAGUGAUGGCGUCCACCUUUUUUUAGGUUGGAUUUUGUUUUGUUAAGACGCACACUGGCCUGCGAUGUUUGGCCACGGACGUAGGAUAAGGUUUCUGCUUACGAAGGCUGUUGGGAGGAAAAUGGAAUGCAAGGUCUGUAUUUGAAGGCGCACACCAACGGAACAAUGUUUACUGAACUGGUACCCUGCAUUCUACUGAUGCAGUGAUCUGAUUGGUGUCGGUCUACCAGAAUGAGCUAUUGAGUAUGGUGAAUCUGUCGAUUGGAACAUGGUUGGUCAUACCACAUUUAACAUGUUUUUGAUCUCUGUGGCUUAGGAUUAAGAGUAUACUAUCGAUGAUGAUUCGUCGGAUGUACAUCUGUCCAGAAGAGAUACUUUAAACUACAUUUCAGGGUGAUUUUUGGGCCUGCAUGCUUUAUGGUAACAAAAAUCAAACCCAUGCUCCUACUUGGAUGCCCACACAGCCUUUCAAUUGAAAUUGAUCAAGUGAUCUGUCCUGGCUCUUUGGUUCUUUCGGUAAAGUCACGUAGGUAUAACAUAAAAUAAAUCACGACGUUUCGGGCGCUUGUGUUGACUUUACCGAAAGAACCAAAGAGUGGAUUCCUGCAGUCACGAAAGCUUCAAAUCAAGAUUGAUCUGUCCUGGGUUUGUAGAUUUCCCCAGAGAAGCACAAUCUUGACAGGUGAUUGGUGGAGUGCUUGCUCUGUCAUGUGUUUCACUUUUCCGAUUUUGGCAAACAUGGGGGUACAUCUCUUUAUCACUUACACAGCUGUGGCAGCAUCUGUGUCUACCCAACCACUGGUGAGUGGGUUCCUUGAUCAACAACAAAAACUCCUCAUGAAAGCUACUUGCACUGUUAUGUGCAAUGUGCUGAUGGCAUGGAAACAUUAACUCUAUUUGGUGGCGACGUAGAUUAUUGGUAACCCAAUGAAGAUUUAACUUUGGACCAAUGCGGGGCCAACGUUGGUCCGACGGUUCCAACCACAUGCCAGAGUUGAUCCAUCGUUGCAUGUUUACUGGGAACCACUUGACCAGAAACAAUUUGAAAUUAUUAAAUAUGUAUUGUGUUAUGUUUAGCUGGACAACAUACAAUGCAGGAGUUGUAAGUGUUCUUGCUCUGGCCAUCAGGUUUAUUUUUUUUCAAGUAAUUGAAUACUGUUUGAUUAACCAUAUGCUCUAUUGGUUAUACCUAAUGUGGGUUCAUGAUAAAACACUAUCCAAUGUUUCUCCGCUUUGUAUUCUUUACAUUGAACUUUGAAAAUGAGUUAAUAAAGGCAGUGAUUUUUUUCUGGA